AAAGUUUUAUUUAUCGGAUCUUCCAUCUUUCUUUUGAGAAGAAUGAAUACCGAUAUCAAUCGAUCAUACCAGAACUAAUGUAUCAGAUUUAUUCAUAAUAUCAAAUUCAAGAAAAAAACUAAUCGUUUUAUCGAUGGGAGAACUGGAUAAGUACGGCACCAAUCUCACAAAAUUAGCAAAAGAGGGCAAACUUGAUCCGACUAUAGGACGACAUGAUCAAAUAUGGCGUGUGAUACAAAUCUUACGUAGACGUAGAAAGAACAAUGCUUGUCUUGUCGGGGAACCUGGUGUGGGUAAGACAGCAAUUGCUGAAGGUAUCGCUCUUCGAUUACUACGUGAUGAUAUCCCUCAAGACCUAAGACAGAAAAAGGUAUUUUCGUUGGAUAUCGGACUGCUUCUUAGUGGUGCAACAUACUGUGGUUCACUUGAGGAAAGGUUAUCAAACCUAAUGGCAGAAAUCAAGAAAAAGAAUGAAACCAUACUUUUUAUAGAUGAGAUCCAUGACUUGGUGGGAGCGGGCAAAAGUCGGGAUUGUUCACUUGACGCAGCAAACAUGAUGAAACCAGCUCUUGCCAGAGGUGAACUCCAGUGUAUAGGUGCUACAACACUUAAUGAGUACAGGAAGUACUUUGAGAAGGACCCAGCACUAGAAAGAAGAUUUCAGCCUGUUAAAGUGCCUGAACCCUCUAUCGAUGAAACCAUACAAAUUUUGAAAGGGCUCCGAGAACAAUAUGAGGCUCACCACAAGCUCCGCUACUCUGACGAAUCUCUUGUAGCUGCAGCCAAAUUGUCUUCCCAAUAUAUCAGUGAUCGCUUUCUGCCUGACAAAGCAGUUGACUUGAUGGACGAGGCUGGUUCCGUUGUCGGACUUCGCCCUGUUGGGGUUCAAGAAAUGAAAAGGGUAAAGAGCAAGGACUCUAGACCGGUCGUAACAGAAGCUGACAUACAACAUAUCGUAUCCUCAUGGACUGGAAUCCCUAUUGAAAAUGUGUCAGUUGAGGAGUCCAAUCGCCUGCUAAGGCUGGAAGAGACACUCCACAAACGGGUAAUCGGUCAGGUUAAAGCUGUUAAAGCCAUCAGUGGUGCAAUUCGCCGUUCUCGGGUUGGACUUAAAAACCCUUCUCGGCCAAUUGCCAGCUUCAUAUUCACUGGUCCAACAGGAGUAGGAAAGUCAGAAUUAGCAAAGGCACUUGCUUGUUACUAUUUCGGAUCCGAGGAAGCUAUGGUCAGGCUUGACAUGAGUGAGUUCAUGGAGAUGCAUACUGUUUCCAAGCUUAUUGGAGCACCACCAGGCUACAUUGGUUACAACUAUGGCGGUCAGUUGACUGAAGCUGUUCGCCGUCGACCUUACACCAUAGUUCUCUUUGAUGAGAUAGAGAAGGCUCACUCUGACGUCUUCAACAUAAUGCUCCAGAUUCUAGAAGACGGACGGUUGACAGAUAGCAAAGGCAGGACUGUGGAUUUCAAGAACACGCUUCUUAUAAUGACAUCCAAUGUGGGAAGCAACGUCACAAACGAAGCGGACGGCCAGGAGAAGGAGAUGCAGAAUUUGGUGACCGAAGAAUUGAAAAAGCAUUUCAGACCAGAAUUUUUAAACAGGUUAGACGAGAUGAUUGUGUUCCAGCAACUGACAAAAUCUGAAGUGCAGGAGAUUGCUGACAUGAUGUUGGAGCAGAUCAUUGAGAGAUUACAAGCAAAGAAAAUAAAGCUUCAGGUGACGGCAAGUUUCCGGGACAGGGUAGUCGAAGAAGGGUUUAGUCCAACAUACGGAGCAAGACCUUUGAGGAGGGUGAUAAUGCGGCUUUUAGAAGACACAAUGGCUGAGAAGAUGCUAGCUGGAGAGAUCAAGGAAGAAGACACCGUCACGGUAGAUGUUGACACUGGCGGAAAUGUUCUUUUUGAGUCAGAUUGUCCUGCAGAAGCUUUGCAGCUGGAGCUAAGGAGGACCACCAGAAAACGUAAGCCAACCAAGCGUUGGUAAGUCCCCAAAAUGUUACAGCAUUAGAAAAUUUGGAAGCGACAUGCCACUGGAGAGUUUGUGUCAGAAAAUUUCAAAGCCUGAAUUGUUGACGAAUUGUUUAUAUGGUCCAAGAGCAAGGCCGCUGAUGAGACUGACAUUGACACCUUCAGAAUCCUGUGAGCUGGGUGAGAAACGAAGAAAUGCUUUAGUCGUAAACGAUGAAAACCGUUCUUCCGGGGAAAAAA